CUCGCAUACUAUGAAACAUUCAUGUACUUGUAAUUAACUUCAGGAAUCUCGAUACCCUUUAGUGAGAAUCGACUAAUAUUGUGUUAAAGGUGCAAACUUUUUGUUGUUUAACAAGUUGGGGUUUUUGUUUUUUUGCCUUUUUCUUGCAUAUAGAAGAAGGGUUGUGAUGGAACAGAAACAUGUUUUUUUGUCAGCAUUGAGUGUUGGAGUUGGUUUGGGUGUUGGGUUGGGAAGAUGGGUUGGGGUUGGUGGUUAUCCUAUUCCUAAUUCUAAUGAGAUUUCUGAGGAACAGAUUGUGAGGGAGCUCAUGAACCUUGUCAUUGAUGGCAAAGAUAGUGAAAUCACAUUUGAUGAGUUUCCUUAUUACUUAAGUGAUAAAAUCGAAAUUUUGUUGACAAGUGCUGGAUUUGUUCAUUUAAGACAAUUUCACUUAUCCAUGCAUGCGAAAAAACUUUCGCCAAUAAGCCGAGCUAUUUUGCUUUCUGGACCUGCAGAACUUUAUCAGCAAAAUCUUGCUAGAGCUUUAGCACAUUGCUUUGAUUCGAAGUUACUCUUGCUAGAUUUUACUGACUUCUCUUUGAAGAUGCAGAACAAAUAUGGUUGUCCUGGAAAAGAACCGGAUUUAAAAAGGUCCAUAUCUGAGGUGACUCUGGAGAAAGUGUCUUCUUUAUUUGGUUCCCUAUCAAUCCUCCCUUUAAUGGGCGCAAUUAGAGGUACUCAAUUAGAACAAAGUAGUGCAAUUGGAAAUUCCAUUAAUCCUCCAAAGCUUCAAAAGAAAGCCCCUACUACACCUGAUAUGGGUCCUACUAGUCAAUCUGGUCCAUCACAUCCAGCUCCUUUGAAGUGCACAAACCGCUUCUGUUUUGAUGAAAAGCUUUUCCUACAUUCACUCUACGAGGUCUUGGUUUCUAUAUCACAAUCUGGUUCUGUUAUUUUAUACAUCAAGGAUGUUGAUAAGAUUUUUCUUCAAUCACCAAGGAUGUACACUUUGUUCCAAAAGCUAUUAAAGAAACUUUCAGGAUCAGUGCUAAUACUCGGUUCCCAGAUUUAUGAUUCAGAAAAUAAUUGUAUGGAAGUUGAUGAAAAACUCACUACAUUAUUUCCUUACUACAUUGAGAUCAAACCACCUCAAGAUGAGGCUCUUCUCAAGAUCUGGAAAGACGAAGUAGAAGAGGCCAUGCAAGAGACUCAGUUGAAAGAUAACAGAAACCACAUUGCUGAAGUGCUUGCAUCCAAUGACAUCGACUGCAAUGACUGGAACUCAAUCAGUGAUCCCGACAUUAUGCUACUCAGUAAUUAUAUCGACGAGUUUGCAGCAUCUGCAAUUUUUUAUCACUUGGUGGAUUUCGAACAUCCAGAAUACCGAAAUGGAAAGCUAAUUAUAUCUGCCAUGAGAUUGUGCCAGUUAGUAAAACUGUUACAGGAGAGUGAAAGUGGUGAAAGAAGUGAGAAGGAUGAUAAGAAGGAUGGUGCCAAAAAACAUAUACCGAUACCAAAAGGGACAAAGAAAGACAGUGAUAUUAAAGAUCCGGAAAAAGAAGCUGAAGUUCCUUCUUACAAUGAGUUUGAGAAGCGCAUAAGAAAAGAGGUUAUCCGUGCAAAUAAGAUAGGCGUGACAUUUUCAGAUAUUGGUGCAUUGGAUGAUGUUAAAGAAACACUUCAAGAAGUGGUUAUGCUUCCCCUUAGAAGACCAGAUAUAUUCAAAGGUAGCCUUCUGAAGCCUUGUAGAGGUGUAUUGCUUUUCGGGCCACCUGGUACAGGAAAAACAAUGCUUGCAAAGGCAAUUGCAAAUGACGCUGGAGCAAGUUUCAUUAAUGUCUCAAUGUCCACCCUCACUUCAAAACUGUAUGGGGAAGACGAAAAGAAUGUCCGAGCUUUGUUUUCACUAGCUGCAAAGGUUGCACCAACUAUUAUUUUCAUUGAUGAAGUUGAUAGCAUGCUUGGGAAGCGGUCUGAAAGUUAUGAGCACGAGGCUACGAGAAGGAUUAAGAAUGAAUUUAUGUCCCAUUGGGAUGGACUAUUGUCAAAACAUGAUGAGCGAAUUCUUGUUCUUGCUGCCACCAACAGGCCAUUUGACCUUGAUGAAGCAAUUAUAAGACGGUUUCAACGCAGGAUCAUGGUUGGUCUUCCUUCAGCUGAAAGCAGGGAAAGGAUCUUGAAAACUGUUCUAGCUAACGAAAAUCAUGAAAAUAUAGACUUCAAAGAGCUUUCAACUAUGACAGAUGGAUAUAGUGGAAGUGAUCUCAAGAACUUGUGCAUGACUGCAGCCUAUCGCCCCGUUGCGGAGCUAAUACAACAGGAGAAGGAAAAAGAUAUGAAAAAUAAGAAAAGGAAAGAAGAAGCUCAAACUUCAGAAGAUGCUUCCAAUGCAACAGAAGAUAAAGAAGAUCAAGUAAUUGCUCUUAGGCCUUUAAACAUGGAAGACAUGAGAGUGGCAAAGAAUAAGGUGGGUGCAAGUUAUGCUGAAGGAGCAUUGAUGAACCAGUUGAAGCAGUGGAAUGAAUUGUAUGGAGAAGGAGGUUCAAGGAAGAAAGAGCAGCUCACUUAUUUUCUUUAGAUUGUGGAAAGCCACAAGCUUUAAUAUGGACACAUCAUUAUUCAUUCCAAAGGAAUAUAUAUUUUUUUAACAAGGGAAUUAAUCAUUCAACACAGGAUAUUGAACUCAAAGCAUGCUUGACUGUUGCAGAAAUCCAAUGUGAAGAGAUUCAUCAUCAUGUUUUGAGUUUAUGUUACAAUGUUUCUUUUCUUUUUCAGAAAAUAGGAGUAAAUUAUAACAAACCAUUUAGGUAUGAUGGAUUAUUAUUUAUGUACAAAUCACAU